UACUCAAGCCCACAGCAGCAGUUGUUCUCUCCUGUUGCAUAAUGGACAUGCUGAGAGUCUGUUUAUCCUGUUUUGUUUGCAUGAUCUUAUUUCUUUCUGUUUGAGUGAGGUCUCUAACACAUUGCGCUUGGACAAUGCUAUCCGAUUGGCUGAGGUUAGUGCUCAUAUUUACUUUCUGGACUCAGCUGGUCCCAAGUUUGGGUGCUGGGAAUACACGUUACCGCUACUAUCACAGGAACUGCUACACCUGCUUCGGUGGAUAUCAGGGAUACAACACAGGACACCUGGGGGCAGAUAUUGAUGAGUGCCAGGUUCACAACGGAGGCUGCCAGCAUAGGUGUGUGAACACCAGAGGCUCGUACUACUGCGAGUGCAACCCGGGCUUUCGUCUGCACAUUGAUGGCCGCACCUGCAUAGCUGUCCUAUCCUGUGCAGUGAAUAAUGGAGGCUGUGAGCAUGAAUGUGGCCAACUUUCUCCAGUUCACUUCCAGUGCCGCUGCAGACGUGGGUACCUGCUCACAGCUGAUGGCAAGCGCUGUAGACUGAGGAACCCAUGUGCGGAGAGGAACGGCGGCUGUGUGCACUUAUGUCGCAGUGAUGGCGGUCAUGCUGUGUGCAGCUGUCACCAAGGCUUCACGCUGGCCCAGGACCAGAAGAGCUGUGAAGAUGUCGAUGAGUGUGAAACGGGAUUGGCAGCUUGUGCUCACAGUUGCCGAAACACUCCGGGCUCUUUCUCAUGCGUCUGCAAUCCGGGAUACGAGCUGGGCUCUGAUGGCAGGAAAUGCUACCGUAUUGAAAUGGAGAUUGUUAAUAGUUGCGACUCAGAUAAUGGUGGCUGUUCACACCACUGUCAGCACGGCACGCUUGGACCCGUCUGCAGCUGUAACCAGGGUUAUCAGCUCGCGGAGGACCACAAAACCUGUUUGGAUCUGGAAGAAUGUGAGGAGGUAACUUCAUGCUGUGAGCAAAACUGCACAAACCACCCCGGAGGUUAUGAGUGCUACUGCAGGGCAGGAUACAGACUCAACACUGACGGAUGUGGAUGUGAUGAUGUGGAUGAGUGUCUGUCUGAUAAUGGGGGCUGUGAGCACACUUGUCAGAACACAGCUGGCUCCUAUCACUGCUUCUGUGAGUUUGGAAACCGGCUCGCUGAGGAUAGACACUCCUGUAUUCCCCUGGAGAGAGCGGUUGAGGAAUUGUCCAGUCCAACGGUGGUUGAGAGACCUCUCCUUCAACUCACUCUCCUGCAGGACUACCCACAACCCCUGGAGCGUUAUCACGACUAUGAGGAUGAUGGCUUUGGAGAGCUGCGAGCAGAUAGCACCCUCUCUGAGAAAUUUGCCUGUCCAGAGGGAACAUUUGGGAGAAACUGUUCCUUCACUUGUAAGUGCAAAAACGGUGGCACCUGUGACCCGAUUAGCGGGAAGUGCUGCUGCCCACCUGGAGUGAGUGGAGACCUGUGCCAGGAUGGCUGUCCGAAGGGACUAUAUGGAAAACACUGCAACAAGAAAUGUAACUGUGCUAAUAACGGACGCUGCCAUCGCACAUAUGGAGGCUGCCUGUGUGAUCCAGGGCUCUACGGCAGGUUUUGUCACCUACCUUGCCCCAAGUGGUCGUAUGGAUCUGGCUGCUCAUCGGAGUGUCAUUGUGUGCAGCAGAACACGCUUGAAUGCCAUCGACGUCAUGGAACGUGUGUGUGCAAGCCUGGCUAUCAGGGCAAGACCUGCAACCUGGAGUGUGAUAGUGGAUACUAUGGUCCAGGAUGUAAAUCAAAAUGCCAGUGUCCAGCAGGAGUGUCUUGUCAUCACAUGACUGGACAAUGUCAGCGUCAGUGCCCAGCCGGUCUGUAUGGGGAUCACUGUGACCGAGAGUGCCCUGUGGGACAGUUUGGAGUUGGAUGUUCACAAUCUUGUGACUGUAAUGGAGCUCCAUGCGACUCAGUGACUGGAAAGUGCCACUGUCCCGCUGGGCAGACAGGAGAACACUGUGAAAAAGAGUGUGAAGAGGGCCGUUGGGGGCUGGGAUGUGCAGAACUAUGCCCUUCCUGUGAUAAUGGUGGAUUGUGUGAUCGGCAAAACGGCACCUGUAUUUGUCCACCAGGAUACAUGGGAAAUCUCUGUGAGAAUGUCUGCCCAUUUGGGCACUUUGGCCUCAGCUGUCAGUUGCGCUGCACCUGUGAAAACAGUGGGCAUUGCCACCACGUGACAGGUCUCUGUGCUUGCAAAGACGGCUGGAUGGGACCCAACUGCGCAAAAGCUUGUGAGGCGGGACUCUGGGGGCCAAACUGUGCCAGCCAGUGUGACUGCAGGAGCAGCGUGGGCAGCUGUGACCCUAUGACUGGGCAGUGCCAUUGUGAAGCAGGCUACACGGGACCACGCUGUGAUCAAAAGUGUCCAGAGGGUUUCUUCGGCCAGGGCUGCCGUCACAGAUGCCAGUGUGAGAAUAAAGCAGCGUGCGAGCAUGUGAGCGGUGCCUGUACUUGUUUACCAGGCUGGACUGGAACGUACUGUGAAAAACCCUGUCCGGAGGGUUUUCAUGGUUUCGAAUGCCAGCAGAAGUGCCAGUGCUUAAAUGGUGGUUGUUGUCACCCCGUGACUGGAGGCUGCCAGUGUCCAUCUGGUUGGGUCGGGCCCCUUUGCAACACCACAUGUGAAGCUGGCACCUAUGGCCCUGGCUGCAGUCAAACCUGUAACUGCCACAAUAAUGCCACCUGUGACCCUGCUGAUGGAAAAUGUGAGUGUGGAGCAGGAUGGACAGGGAGCAGCUGUGAACAAGAAUGCCCAGCUGGCUUCUAUGGUGUGGGCUGCCACCAGCACUGCUUGUGCCAGAAUGGAGGGUCAUGUGACCGAAUCAGUGGGCAAUGCACAUGUCUAAGUGGAUGGACUGGAGUGGCCUGUGAACAGGAAUGUGCUCUGGGACACUUCGGCAUCGACUGUCAACACAAGUGUGAGUGUGAGAAUGGCGGAGUGUGUGACCGACAGAAUGGCAGGUGCUUCUGUCCAGCAGGCUGGAAGGGCUCACACUGUGAGAUGGCAUGUACUCAAGGUUUAUAUGGUCCAGGCUGUAAGCAGCAGUGCAGGUGUGAUCAUAACGCCCCAUGUCACCACAUCACUGGCACCUGUGUGUGUCCUACAGGCUGGAGAGGGUUGCACUGCGAGAAAAUUUGUUUACCCGGUUCAUACGGGAAGCGAUGCGCUCAGCGAUGCAACUGUCCUCGUGGCACUUCCUGUAACCAUGUGACCGGGGAGUGUGGCUGCCCACCUGGAUUUGCUGGUAACGGCUGUGAGCGAAUGUGUCAGUCAGGUAUGUUUGGACUGAAAUGUAAUCAGGUGUGCCAGUGCUCUGAGGUUAAUCAGCUCUGUCACCCCGUCACUGGUGUCUGCUACUGUGCUCCAGGAUAUCACGGCAGCAAGUGUGAUACAGAGUGUGUGGUAGGCCGUUAUGGUCCCAACUGUGAUCAGGAGUGCCAGUGUCUGAAUAAAGGAGUGUGCAAGACCAGCACUGGUACCUGUACCUGCCCACCGGGAUUCAUUGGACCAAACUGCAAUAUCACCUGUCCAUCAGGGCGUUACGGGCAAGACUGUGCACGAGUGGCUUUGUGUGGUGAAGGGGCCAGGAGUGAUCCGGUCACAGGCAGAUGCGUGUGCAAAGCGGGCCAGCGAGGGGAAGACUGUGGGAAAGGUUGUCCUAGGGGCUGGAUUGGCGAGGACUGUGCUCAGCGCUGUGACUGCAGUAAUGGAGGACUGUGUGACGCGGUUACAGGAAACUGCACCUGUGGACUGGGCUGGACAGGAAACAGCUGUGAUAGAGAGUGUCCCAGAGGCCGGUAUGGGGCUGACUGCAAGGAAGUAUGUGAUUGUAAAAAUAAUGGCACCUGUGACAGAGUGAUGGGCGAGUGUCACUGUCCUCCUGGGUACUACGGACACCUCUGUGAACAUGCAUGCCCUAUUGGUUUCCAUGGACAUCGCUGCCAGCUUUUGUGUGACUGCCGUGCCAAUGCACCUUGUGACUCUGCAACUGGCCGCUGCCUCUGUCCUCCAGGUUAUCAAGGACUCCGCUGUGAUAGAGAGUGUGAUCCAGGCAAAUUUGGGCCUAAUUGUGUCCACAUAUGUGACUGUGACAGAGACACACCAUGUGACCCUGUCAGUGGCAGGUGUCUGUGUGCACCUGGGAAAAUGGGAUCUCGCUGUGAUAUAGACUGUGGAGUGAAUCGAUUUGGACCUGAUUGCUCAGAGAGAUGCGAGUGUCACAACGGAGGUCAAUGCAAUCCACGCAAUGGACGAUGCACCUGUCUCAACAGCUGGGUCGGACCGAGCUGUCAAGAGGGGCUCAUGUCUAGUCAGAAUACUAGCAGAAGCAAAAGGAAGGACUCAUCAGUAUAGCAAUCUCACGGUUUCUUAUCCAGUUCAGUAACAGACACAGACAGUUUCACUGACUGUAAACUGACCUGGCUUGAAUUUGUGAGUGGACUCUUGGCUAAAAUUGAAGCCUUGUAGCAUUUAUUUUUUUUAGAUCUUUGAACACAAAAGUCCACCAAACCGUCAGAUGACUCUAACAAGGACAAACUUCCAAGGUGGAGACUUCCAUUAUUUAGUCAAUAAAUGAUAUACUUUCUUGUGGAAAAGUGGACAACAUGAAGUCCAACAUGGAGAAGGCUAUUCAUAUUGAAGUUCCUCCUGGAUGAGGACAAAUUCAAAGAGUUUUUUCAGCAUCAGUUCUGCUCAGGGAGAUUGAACUUCCUGAUGACUUCAGUUUAACUCUAAUCAAGAAAAGCAUCAAAUCAAGGCCUUCGCUUCACCUGAAAUUGAAGUGAAUCCCAUUGUCACUGUGAUCUUAAACAGGGCUUAAAGGGAUAGUGCACCCAAAAAUCAGACUUCUGCUAUCAUUUAUAUAACCUCAUUUUAUGGUUUUGUAUCCAUUUAA